GGCAAGCGCUCAACAACAUCUAACACUUCUUAGCUGAGGAUUAAUAUUCAUUGCGAUCAAGAGGAGAUUUAUUUGCAAAGUAUCCCCAUCUGUGACGAACUUGCAUUUCCUCUCACAAUAUCAACUAUAUAUUCGAACGCAACUUCUUGAGGAAAAACAUGGUCGUUCUUUUAAUCCUCGGUCUGGUCAUUGGCGCCUUAAUGAUCCUGGUGGUCGUGGCUCUCAAGCUGUUGGGUCUGAAGCCGCCAUUAAUUUUCGAAAAAUACCCACUGAAAGGGAUCUUUUAUCGGGUGAAGUUUUGGCUCGCUUUAUUGGUCCUUCGACGCCUAAGAUACCGCAUCUAUCGAAGGAACGAGGAGUUACUCGGAUCCUCGGAACAUCUGGCUAAGGUUGACAGACCCCAAGAGCUCAGCAACGAUCCGAAGAGCUACGAUGUGGUCAGCUUUAUGGCUGCCAAUAAAGAGGGACACAAACUGAUGGUUACUUUGGAGAGAAGAAGGCGUGGAGUCCUCAAAGCAGCUUUGUACCUUUGGCUUCCCGAGAAGGGAUUGUUUAGUUCUCCAAAUCUGCCGGAUAUGAUAUUUUUUACCACCGAAGACGGAGAGGAGAGCCACGAGUUCCAGGGUGGCGGUUUUCAUGUUUAUCAAGAGGAAUCCAUGAAAGUAUGGCGGAUCAAAUAUGAAGGUGUAUUAAAGAGCCAAGGAGAUAUGUCAGAGGCCAUACCAGUGGACUUGGACCUACGUUUUAGGAGCUCCACCGUUGAACACUUUGAUUACAACAGAGAUCUGAGUUCCUCUUUGAUAGCUGACUCCAUAGCCAGAGAGGCCUGGAAUGAGAAAUUCUACAGCCUGAUUCGAAGUGUCAAUCAUAUUGUGGAAAAGCGAACCCACUACGAACAGAAUGGAGAACUAUCGGGAAAGAUCAUCUUUCAGGGUAAGGACUUGUCCCUGAAAAUGCUGGGCUUUCGGGAUCACAGUUUCGGAACCGAGCGUUGUCUGAGCUCCAUUAACCGAUACGUGUACUUCGCCUUGUUCCUGGACGAUGGCAGCAGCAUGGUGGUGGGAAAUCUCAGCCAGCCAUCCUUUUUCCUAUCCUCCUUGAAGGUGGGUUACGUCUGCAGUCCCUCUGGGAAGUAUCAACCCCUCACUUGGAGCAAUUUCGAGCUGUACUCUUACGGUGAACGGGGAAUUCCCCCCCAGCAUCAGAACUUCAUUGUGCGCACCGAGGAGAAAGAGUACCUCAUCCAGAUCGAAGUGGAGGGAUCUGCUGUGCGGUUUGUGGGCGGAGAUUGGGAGUCCAAGGUGUUCAAUCAGUUUGUGGCCUGUACGGUCAAUGGAGUUUCCGGUCAAGGACACGCCGAGUUCCUGUAUCGCAACAAAGGCGGUAGACCGGAGGAUAUAUGCUCCAAGGACCCCAGCUGGUACCAGAACAUCAAGCGCUUCGAAAGAAGCCUGACUUUGCUGGAGGAGGAGGCUGGCGAUUUCAUCUUCUAGGAAUCGAUGAGACCUUUUAAGUCAUUUUUGUUUUUAUUUCUAAGUUAAUGUAUGGAGAGAAUAUAAUAAUAAAGUUCUUUUAUGUAA